AUGUUUCCAAUUUAGGUUGAAAAACUUGACCCUAAUCCUAACACUCAAUAGUUUAGAUUAGGCAAAGAGCAAAGCUAACGCUAAGAAAGACCACAUCAAUCAAUAUAAAGCAUUUAGAAGUUAUUAGGUAACAGCGAUGAUGACUUAUUUGAGAGUUCUAUAAAGGAAGAAGAUCUGAAUUAAGAUUCAGAUGAUUUCUAGUAGUUUCUGAAUAAACAAAAAUCUAGCGAGGAUGGUACCUUGGCUUUAAGUGAGAGCGAAUUUCAGGAUAGAAUGAAAAGCUAUUAAAAUAGGCCGAGUGCCAAAGUCAUCACAAGAAAUUAAGAGGUUAAGAUGAACUCGCUGCCAUAGCAGAGGUCCAAUUCAGAAUAUUUAGCAGUAGGUUCAAACUAGCGUAAAGAUCUUACUAGAGACAUUUAUUAUAUUGAAUAAUCAUCAUCUAUGAUUAGGUUAAGACCUUAGACGAAAAAAGUAACAUACAAGUUUCUGUUGAUAUUAAAAUAGGAAGCAGGAUAGAACACUAUCAUUGAAGAGAGAGAAGGUAAACUUUUUGACAGUCUUCGAGAAAAAGAGAUUAAGAUUGAAAAUGAUGUGAAGCUAUAUAGUGAUAAUUUUAGUACAGAGUAAAUUUAUGAAGAUAAUGAGAUUGAACAAUAGCUUUGGAAUUCUUUGGAUGGAUAAAAUUGUAAUUAUUCAAUGAUCUAAAUAUUGCAUUUAGUUUGCAUCUUUUCAUUUGGUCACACUGGCUCUGGCAAGUCUCAUACAAUAUUUGGCAACAAAGAAAAAUCUCCUGGUCUGUUACCACUUAUUUUGGAGUCUAUGUUUGCUUAUAUAUAUCAAGUAAAAAUUUCUUCAUAAGAUUAUAUAUAGAGGGUAGAUUUGGAAUUUCUAAUUAGAGUUUCUUAUUUUGAAAUUUAUAAUGAGCAAAUUAAUGAUCUGCUCUCGCCAAAUACUUUGCGAACAAAUGGCUCAAAUAUUGAUAAGGUUACAGAAGAGGCUUGCAUAAAUAUAGAUCAAAUUAUAUCCCUUGUAAGAAUGGGGGAUAUUAAUCGUCAACUAGGAACAACUAAAAAUAAUGACAGGAAUUCAAAAGCUCAUGUGAUUUUCAGAAUAAUUGUUGAAACUUAUUGCCCUGAAGCAUCAUAACAUUAGAUCAAUAAAAUUAAUUAGUCAGUAAUCAACUUAGUUGAUUUAGGUGGGAGUGAAGCUCUCAAUGAAAAAGAAGAUCCUGAUAGAAAUUCUUAAUAAUAGAGAGAGGCAUUCUUCCCAAUCAAAAGUCUUAUAACUUUAGAGUAAAUAAUCACAAUUUUAAGUGAAGGAAAUGAUAUGAAUGAGUGGAUACCUUACAGAGAGAGUAAACUUACAAGAUUUAUGUAGCCAUACUUAGAAGGGAACUCUAAGAUGCUCUGGAUUUGUAAUAUAAGUCCAUGUGAUUAGCAUUACAGAGUAAAUAAAAGAACAAUAGAAUUUGCUAAUAAAAUACCAUAGAUCAAAUAAUAAGUAUAAACAAACUCAAUAUCUCCCCAACAAUCCUAGCUCCAUAAAACAAAAAAGAAAAUUAAAUUGCUUAGAUAGUCGCUUGUAGCGAUGGACAAUUUAAUAUAGAGAAAAGGGCAGAUGUCAUAGAAAAAUGGUGUAUCUUUGAAGCCUUAAGAUUUUGAUUAAGAGGUAGAUGAGAAAGUUAGAUUAAAUAAUGAGAUAAAAAAAUUGACUGAUUAAAUACUGGUGUCUGAGAAAGUCGCUGCUUUUAUGAAAAAAUUUGAUAAGAUGAGAGGAUCAAAUAGUAGAAAUAAUCCAAAUUUGUAAAGCAAUUAAAGAAAAAGCACUCUCUACGCUAGGAUGAGCAAAAGAAUUGACAAUGCUAGAGAUUUUGUAAUUAAAAACUCUUUUGAGGAAGAAAAGUAUUAAAAUGAAAACGAUACUCUUGAUCCUAAUAAUAGAAGAAGCUCGACAUAGAGACCUAUGAUUAGAAAAACAAUAAAAAGUAUUCAAAAAAAUUAAUCUAAUGAUAACACUCCAAAGUAGAAUUUCGACUAGCCGCCGUAAUUUGCUGUAGGUAGAUUGACCUUUUUAGAUUAAAUGAUGGAUAGUUAGAAUUAAAGAUCAAUAGUAGAUAUGUAAUCAAGGUUCGUUUCUAUAAACUAGGAUAUGAAUCUCCUAACAGAUGACAAUCUUUUAGAUGAUAAUCUGGAUGAACUUAAUAAAACCCCAAUGGCCUUGAUGACAUAGAAUUCAGAUUAUUUCGAGAGAAAUUUAAAUUCUUUCAGAGCUUAAAUUCAAUAAUUCUAAGAGCAAAGCAUGAGUAAUUCAAAAGAUGUGAGUCGUGAAUAGAGGCUUGAAAAAAUAUAAAAUAUUGAUGAUGAUUCGCUCUUAGAUGAUGAAGAAAUUGAAUAGGAUGAUUUAGAGGAUUAUGGCGAAGAGUAGAAGUCUUAACAUGAUAGAAAUUAGGACUAUGACGAUGAUGAUGUCUUUUAUGCCAUUGUAGAGGAGGAAGAUGAAGAAGAUUCAUUUGAAAGAGAGAAAAGAGAAAAAAGAGAAAAAAGUUAACUGGAAUAUGAAUUGAAGAUUGAUGAAUUAGAGAAAAAUUUUGGUGGAUCUUUUAUUAGUAAAAGAGAUAAAACUUAGGUUUCUAAUAAUGGUCAAUUCGAUGGUGAGGAAUUCCAGUUUAUGGACGAAAAAAUUCUUGGAGAUGGAGAUGAUGAUGAGGACUUGCUUAAAAAUUUUGAUGGGAUACCAAAAUAGAGUAUAAUUGACAGGCUAGAUUAGCACAGAGAUAGUAUCAAACCUCCAAAUCUAUUGCCCUUACAUAAAUAAAGAAGAGAUACAAUUGCAAGCAGAAAUUAGACAGAGGUAGUAAGACCAUCGCAAAACCUAACUACUGAUGGAACUUAGAGUGGGAGAAAAACCUUAAUUAGAAAAUCUGUUUCGAAGAAAAAUGGGUCUAACACUAAUAUAGUGACAACUUAAAUAAACACAGAAAAUUUGAAAUGUUCAAAAUGCUAAGGCAAGAUUGGUAACUAAGAUUUGAUGCAUAAUAUUUUUGAGGCUGAUAAAAUCUUUUUAGAAACACUUCUAGGCUAAAAGGAUAAAGAAAUAACUGAACAGCUUAAGAAAUAAGAGAUCUAAUUUUAAUAAUCUAAAAAAGAGAAAAAUGACCUAUUAACCUAUAUUCUGGAGUUAGAGACUUAGUUAUAAUUUAAAAAUUGA